UUGGUCCCAUCAUCUAAUUUUCUCUUCUAGUUUUCUUCUCCUAUAUAUAUCUCAAGCCUCUGUUUCGGUACAGAGUUCACAACAAUGGAGAACAAGCAAGCAAGAGGACAUAAAAACAACAUCUUGAAGCUUCUACCCAGAGCAGCUUCUGCAGUUAAUUUCUACAACCCUAUUCCGUUCAGUCCUGGGAGAGAUCACAAGAUCAGACAUUCAGACAACAUUCACAAGCUUCGAACUAGAGGGUUUUCCGGUCCGAUCGCUUCUAUAAUUCCAGCAGAAGCUCGUCGGAAAUUAAGGUCUGAUGACUUUUAUGAAGCACAAGAGGAGCCGACUUCUCCGAAGAUCUCGUGUAUGGGUCAGAUCAAGCAGUAUAAGCACAAGAAAAUGACAAAAAAUGAUAAGAAAAUCACCAAGCCUCGUGAAGACAUGAAGAGUACUCUGUUUUCUCCCAAAGUACAAGCGUCGAAGAUUAAGCGGAUCUUUGUCGGGCGGACAAAGCCGCCGAGGAAAUCCGAAAAGCUCGAUAGAGCGCCGUCGUUGAGUAAAAUGAAGCAGUUCGCGAGUGGUCGUAAUCAUCGUAGUAUUGCUGAUUUUGAUUGGACGGCUCAGAUUGCGCCGGAGGAGUCAGGGGACGGUGAUUAUUACUCCGAUGAAGAAGGAGAAGAGGAGGAGGUUGUAAUUCCAUUCUCGGCACCAAUCGCGGUGGUUGGAGGGGUGGCUCUGCAGCCGAAAAAAGAAAUUAAUUUGUGGAAGAAAAGAAACAUGAAUCCGCCUCGGCCUUUGCAGUUGAAUUCCAGGAUCAGAGCAAAUUGAUUGAAUUGUAAUUUAUGAAUUAAGAUAUUUUGUAUUAAUUGUUACAUACAUAGACAUGAAGUAAUUACACGCAUAUAUAUGCCUUGUUCAUACUUCAUACUAGUUCAUAGGUUUCUUCAUUUUUUAAUUAUAUUGGUUUUGAAUUGUGAAUUAAUUGAUCCAUGAAACAGUUAAUCUAAAUAUGAGAAAAAAAAACACAAGAUAAUUGGGUUCCA